UAACCGUAUUGUGAAGAUAACUGAACUCUAGGUCUUGAGUGUUUACCGCCGUAUGAAGGCGCCAUGUAUGUCCUCGGACGUAUACGGAAUAGAAGCGAAACCACACACACACGUGAAGCAUAGUAUUGUAGCACUGUAUGAAGGCCGUGUAUGUCUUCGGACGUAUGCGGAAUAGAAGCGAAACCGGAUUUGUAUGGUCGCCGUCGUCCAAGAACGUCACAGGCUUGAUGUCCAGCACACAGAAGUCGUUCCAAACCAGGACAGUUUAGGGUUGGAUAAAUCAAGGAGGCAAGACAUAAAUUAUGAUGGGGUAUGAAGGCUACGCAUUAUCAAAGGUUCUAUCAAUUCUUCCCUGGUAGGGUCUCUGGGGAGUUCUCAUUAGUCACCCCACUCCACGCCGGUCUCGUCCGGCCGUCCGGAACAAUAGGCUCCACCAUCGCGUCCGCCAUUGCAUCAUCAUAACUCGGCGGCGCAUCGUCAUAAGCCGGCGGAGCCUCCAUUGAAGGGGCAGCUCCACCGACAGAAGCCCCAGAACCUUGUGCCUGCGUCUGAGCCUGCGUGGCUGUCUGACCAGGCCGGAGCUGCGGCGGGUAGAGCGGGUCGUGCGGCCGUUCUUGUCGCGGCGGGAGCGAGGGCGCGGACUGGCUGGGCCGGGCGGACGGCCUCUGCUGUGUUUGCUGUCUGCGGCCCUUCAUGGCGGCCUCGGCUAGGCCUGGUGGUGGUUCCAGGCCAGAGUACACCUGGACCGAGCUGAAGUGUAGGGGUAGGAACAUGGUUUGCGCCAGAUUAUAUGAGGGGUCCUUUGCCUUGCCCUUGGACUUCCCCAUCUUCAUUACCGAUGGUAGAGAAGACAGGGAGGACGCCUCCUCGGGGAUGGCUGCCGUUGCCCCGGGUGGCGUGCCCCAGCUUACGCCGAGUUUGAGUUCUAAUGAGUAUGUCCGCUUGAGAUUACAAGUGAUGAAACUCGGCAUAACAGUGUUUGGUAGGGGCGAGUUGUUCCACAAGACGUUGUUGACUUCGGUUUCAGUGCCGACAGCAUCGCCGGGUCCUUUCUGGAGAGGAAUUGAGAGCCCGUGGCGACUAGCAACCACCCAGCGUGUUGUUUCGGUGUUUACAAGAUCUUGACAACGGACAAUGGUGGAGCCGACAAGGUCGAUCUGGAGCGAAACCAAGUAGCACUGCGCACUGGUGUCCACGAGCUUCUUGGCGAGAAGACGGAGCGGAAUGGGCUUGUUGCACGUGAGGAUGGCAGGAUGUGGUAAUCGAGCUGAGAUUUCGACUGAUGGAGGCUGUUCCGGUUCUGAAGGGGAUGAGCCAUCUGUGGCAAGGCCAUUGGAGCUUUGCUUGCGGCUGAACACGGACUGUCUCUUCUGCUGCUGUUGCGCCUGUGGCUUGCCAUUGAUGCCCGGGCUUUUCGGAGUGAAGGUGAACGGGCGUCGGGCAUAGCCCUCCUGAUUCGUUGGCCGCGGGCGUGGUGGCUCGAUAGGCAUGAACUUGAAGCCGACUUGAUGCCUGAUAUUCUCCCGGAAAAGACCUGGCCUUUGAAUUGUCACCUUCACAUAGUACCUGAUCUCUGCCUCCCUUGGAAAGCCCGUGAAGCUCGGGGGCAGGGUCUUGGUGACGUGAGGGUAGAGCAGCUGUUUACUUCCAUCCAUCAGUCUGAUACCGCCCAUGCCGAAGAAACUCGGACCAGCGAAGCCCCCGGCCCCGGCAAGACCACCAAUCUUGACCAUUGCGUUGGGAUCGCCGCAGGCAUUAUUGAAUGGAACUUUGAAGCUGAACGGCCACUCGUGUUGACCUGGGUUGAGGACGACCGGGGAGGCAUAGGCAGGGACAUUGUCGCCGGGAAACACUUGCUGGACCUUGUAGAGAAUCUUAUGGUUCUCAUGAAGGGUCUGAGAGUUUUCCGCGACAGUAGCCCUGCGUCGAUUCGGGGCGUCCAGUUGGAGUCCUGCGUCAUCCGGAGCACCCAGGGAUGUUUUGGACUCGCCUUCGAGUUUGACGAUGACGGCGCCGAUUUGCUCAGGCCGGCUAAUGCCCAGAAUUACCUUCCCGGAGAUGGCAUCGAGGUUGGUGUAGAACUCGGGCGGAUUUUCCAGGGCUAUCCGGAUCGACAUGGUGAGGGCGGGGCGGGAUUCUGCAGUGGUCACAGAGGAAGUGUUAUUGGGGCUGUCCUUGCAGGCGUUACUCAGGACCGCAUUCUCCCCCGUGAAGGCUCGGAGUCAGGCUCAGGGUGAGUGAUGUGAGCUUCAAUAUCAGCACCACCCCGGUACCAGGGUCCGACUGCAGACAACUCGUGGGAGCGACCAAAUAAUAAUACUUUUGUAUUGGAAUUCAACUGGAGAUUGGUGAGACAACAGCACAAAGUAGGAGCUCAGGUGCUUUUUGGACAAGGUCGAAGCAGACACGGCGUCGAUAGAGGCUUAAGCUCGGUGGCAAGUGUGGUUGGCUGGGCUGGCUGGGGCCGGGACGACGCAAGCAGGCGUGCUUCGCCUCACUGCUCCGUCUGACUGGCGACGGGUGACUGGGGAUGGGCCGUGGCGAAGGCCUCCGAUACACGUCCUCAGCGACUCGAACGCCUCGGCAGAUCAACAGAUCCUCGAACCUUGUGGGUGUGCCUGGCUAGGCGCUGCGGUGUGGAUAUGCGUGUCGAUGCUGUCGAUGCUGUCGAUGCUGCUGAUGAAAAGGUGGGUUUCAGAUUGGGUGCCCCAACAGUCUGGCCCACGUUCUCUCUCCCCUUGAGCCACUUCUUGGGGCCGCAAAGCAAUGGGCUUGUGCGUGGGACAAGGCAACUCUGGAACAGGCACUUUUCAGCUGGCGUGGCAUCUUCAUCACCGUUGGCAGUACAAUAGUGACGCCUCAAAGUGGCUGGCCCCGCUGGUGUUGCCGUGACGGUCGACUUACCGAGCAAGUAGACGCACUACGGCCCCAGUUGGCCGGGCGCGGAGCUGCGACCCACGCUGUCGCCCGACCCGAGGGUCUCUCAGCAGCGGGGCCGUCCCUCCGCAGUCUUUCCUUACCUAGGUACUUAUCGAUAAGAAUAUUUUUUGGUUCGGGGACCAAGAUAGCAAAACAAUACUCCUCAUAUGCUCGCACUUACUCGACCACCUGCUUGUGCACGCCUUCCAACGACUGCCAGGACCGGUGAUGAAAACAACCUAGUCCAAUCUGCCCGCCCAGUCACCUCCCACAACAUGGGCAAAGCAUCCACCAAGCGCAAAGGCGCAUCGUCGUCCUCGACCCCCUACGAACGCCCUUCCAAGAAACCCGGCGGCGCAGCAACCACGAGCAAGAACAAUGUCUUCAAGUUUAAUACCAAUGUCGGCCAGCACAUCCUCAAGAACCCCGGCAUAGCCGACGCCAUCGUCGACAAGUCGUACCUCAAGCCCACCGACACCGUCCUCGAGAUCGGCCCCGGAACGGGCAACAUCAGCGUGCGCAUACUGGAGAAGGCCAAGAAGCUGUACGCUGUCGAGCUGGACCCCAGGAUGGCCGCCGAGAUCACCAAGCGUGUGAUGGGCACGCCGUCCCAGAAGAAGCUCGAGGUCCUGCUGGGCGACGCCAUCAAGCUCGACUUCCCGCCCCACGACGUCUGCAUAUCCAACACGCCCUACCAGAUCUCGAGUCCCCUCGUCUUUAAGCUCCUUAGCAUGCCGAACCCCCCGAGGUGUUGUGUUCUCAUGUUCCAGAGAGAAUUCGCCCUUCGCCUGACCGCCCGCCCAGGCGACGCCCUCUACAACCGGCUGUCCGUCAACGCCCAGUUCUUCUCCAAGAUCACGCACAUCAUGAAGGUCGGCAAGCAGAACUUCAAGCCCCCGCCGCAGGUCGAGUCGUCAGUGGUGCGCAUCGAGCCCAAACUGGGCAAGGACCGCCCCGCCGUCAGCUGGGCCGAGUUCGACGGCCUGCUGCGCGUCGUCUUCAGCAGGAAGAACAAGACGGUGCGCGCCAGCUUCGGCACCAAGGAGGUCCUCGCCAUGGUCGAGAAGAACUACCGCACCUGGUGCGCCAUGAACGACGUCCCAGUGGAUGACAGCGCCGUCGAGACCGGCGCCGAGGACGAGGAGGACGAAAUAAUGGGCAUGGACGUGGACGGCAAUGACAACAACGGCGACGGCGCCGGUGAGGAAGAUGACGAGGAGUGGGGCGGCAUCAUGGAAGUCGACGGCAAUGAAGGCGGCAACGACGAGGACGACGUGCCCGCAUUCUUCAAAGAGCAGGCCGCGGUCGCGGCCGCGAAGCCGGCCAAGACGCCCAGCAGGAGGAAGAAGACCAAGGUCGCAGAGCUGGUGCGGUCAAAGGUGCAGCGAGUGCUCGAGACCACGGGGCUGGCCGACGAGCGCGCGGGUAAGCUGGACGAGAACGCGUUCCUGAGACUGCUCUACGCCUUCAACAAGGAGCACAUUCAUUUCGCAUAGGCGUGUGCCCCCCCCCCCCCGCGGGGGGUGAUUAAUUUUUGGGCACGGCGCUGUCCGGUGUUGGAAGAAAGGACUUCAUUUGAUUCAUUGUAUCGGCGUUUAGGUAUAGAUCAUGUGGCGCGGGAAAAGCUUGGUUUGACUUUCAAACAACUGUUUGAUGGUAAUUUCAUGAUACCUGGAGGGACCAAACAAGUUCCUCAAACCGGCCGAGAAAUGACAUGAGGGAAUUUGAAAACAGUAGAUUUAGACGCUUUCUUGACACUUGCUUGCUUCCUCGACGCCAGCCUCCAGGGCCAUACACUUACAUGAGUACACGAGAUGCUUCCUAUCAGCAGAGCUAUGAAACGUUGGUGCUGGGAUAUCUUUCAGUACUCGAGCUAAAUCUAUGCUGCUGUAUGCCCCAAGAUGAGGUAGGUUUAUGCUGCGCUCCCUUAUUCCUCCUGUGUAUAUUCGUCCACACCCGGCCGGUCGGCGAAAACCUCGCCAACAACCAUGUGCGGGCCGAGAAAUAACAAUGAAAACAACCAGAAGCGCCUUUCACCGAGCCAUGCCGUCAUUAUCAUCCCACGGGUAAUCGUACACUGAUCUCUAAGCCGUUCUUAGACCUCCCCCCAGCUCCCCAUCGGCCCCGUGCUGGCGAUCAUGCUUCCGGUGCCAAUACUACCCGCGCCGUCACGCGCACCAAGGUCCCAAUAAUGCCUGCUGGAGUGUCUCGACGAAACACUCAUGCUUCCCCGCCGCCCACUCCUCUUAGUACUCUGGCUGGCGCAGCUGCUGGCGUGCCUGACUAGUUGGCUUUGCGCACCUGCAGGCACGCUGACCUUGAAAGAAGUCCGUCUUUGAUGAGAGUGGACACCACGCACGAGGGGAUGAUGUUGUCUCACGCGGGCUGCUGCUCUCGCUGCUGCAUCUUGAGCCGAGGAAGGGUUGUGGGGAUGCGAUUGCGAGUGCCCAGUGGCAUUCGAAGCCGCAGCACGUGACGAGGUGAAUCGGUUACGCAGAUACCGGAAUACAAGCUUGAUGUCUAGGUCUUGCUCCCACUCUUGCUGUGUGAAAGUGCCCGCGAGCUUCUCAGACCCAGAUGCCUCGGUUGAACCCUCUGCAGCCUUUGUCCGAGGUAUGUCCAUGGGCUGUGCAUGGGGCACUGCCUGUAGCGUAGGCUGGAAUUUAGGCAUGGAUGCCAUUGUGCUUUCCUCCGCGGUCGAAGGCCUCCUCGAAGGCGCAGGCCUCAUCGCCUCGGUCGGCUCAGUGACCGUAGGCACGGCCUGCACUGAGGCAUACUGUGCAGGGGUAGCAGCAGUUUCGGGUAUAACAGGCAGUCCAGCGUAAGGCAGGGGCAUCUGCUGCAUGCGAGUGUAUGUUGAGAAGGCCCCAGGGUGCGGGUGAGCAGACAGGUGGUUGACCAGGUCGCCAAGCUCCCGGGCCAUCCUGUCAAGGAGUUGAAGCUGCCAAGAUGACUCUGACUCUGCCGCACUGCUCCCAGGAGCAGCAGCCCGCGGCGUGGAUGACAGGUCGUCAGUGUCGAGAUCCAUAUCCCCAGGAAGUGCCUCGCCGAAAAGCACGCACAGCAGCUUAUCAUCAAUGCCCAUCAGGUCACGGAUGACGCUUCGUGUGAGACGCGUCCAGUAACCCGCUUCUUCGGUCUCUCCAGCGCCGAGAUCCAUCUCAGAUGCAUCCUGGUCAUGCCAUUCAGUCCCUGCCAUGGAAGCAUCGGGCGUCGGAUCGCCAGCCGUGCUCAGCGCCGCGUCCUCGGCCUCAGCAUCCACAAAUGCUUGACUUCCUCUCCUGAGCCCGCCCGUCAGCGCAGACACGGUCGAUUCUCUCCUACGUCUCGUCUCGUUCUGUAUCUCUUGUAAUAAUACUCGGCUCUGCUCGAGGCGCCAUUCCUCGAUGCGCCGCCGUCUAUCAGCUUCCUGUGCCUCCUCGCUCUCCAAAGCAAGCUGACCGAGUUCCAGAGACUCUCGUCGUCUCUUGACCCUGCGGGGGUUGUAACGCUCAAACUGAUACAUUGUCUCCUGCAUUUCUGUUGCCAAUCCUUGGGUGUCAAGUCUGAAACUGCCCAACCCAUCGUGGCCUGGGAAAAUAGUGGUAGACUGUGUGUUUCCUCCUUGCUGCCCCCUGUGCAGGAAGUCUGGCAAGUGACUGUCAAGACUGUCGAACUCGGCAUCGUCCUCGUUCGCGUCGUCUUCCUCGAGGACGUCGGAGUUGGCAGGUUCGGAAUAGAAGUGGUCGGAUUGUGCUAUUGUUUGAAGGCUUCCAAUGUCGCUUAUCCUUGACCGGCCAGGUGUGGGCUGCUCGUCUUGUAUCGACGACAGAUAGGAGACAGAGGUUCCCGAGUCGGUGGCAGGCGAGAAUAGGACCCAUGUUUGCGACUCGUCGCGUGACUGUGUUAGAGGAGGUCGUGGUGCGAGCGCCUCUAGAUCCGCCGAGUUCGGGGCGACUGCACGAGAAGUGCGCCGUGCAACUUGUCUCGUAGGUUGAUGGAAGGCCAUUCUGUACAAUAGGGUAUAUAUGUGGAAAUGAUUAGAUAGAUCUGGAGCGAUGUAGUAGCCGCGGGGUUGCGAAGCCCAGAUGGUUUAGAUAAGGAGGCGGGAGAGAUAUGGCUUGCGGGCACAGCCGACGCAGGUGCUUCAAGUAUGUAUGGGAAUCUGAUGUCGAGGACAGGCAGCAAACUGCUGUGUCGAGGUCGGGAGGCGAUAUUUAGAAGCGAGAUGGCAUGAUGAGUGGAUCGUGCUCAACCCGUCGUCCUCCGUCCCACGGGAGCGGAUACAGUGAGGCGCACCCAAGCGACGGGUAAUAAGGGCAAUGGUGGUGUCAGAGAGCCACUUUCGCAGUCGAGGAGGAGACUGAUAGUGGAGACAGGGUCGAACGGAGCCGACUAAAGCACGUAGCUAUGUCGGGUUUGUACGGACGUAAUUCGGGACAAGGGACCCGGUAAGGAUGUCGUCAAGAGCACCAAGAAUGACUAAACGUCUCCGGUGGAAGAGCAACCCUGGGAGGACUGAGGACUGAGGAGGAUGACGAGACAAGAACAGUAGGAGAGGACAAAGUUGUUGCUCAAAGAGCCGUAAGAGGAGGACGAGGAUCUCGUCGUGCCUUCUACAGAAACAAGCAACACGUAUACGGUAUCCUGUAGCCGGAGCGUGCCCAGGGAAAGCGGAUGGACAAGAGGGAGGGAGGGGUGGUGAUGAGUAAAUGACGGGACGGCUAGCCCCAACAAUGCGGUGGUGUGGUGGUGUGGUGGUGUGUGUUAUGGCGCUGAGUAGGUCAAGGGAGCCCAGUCCACGAGCAGCAGCAUACAACGACGGCACACCCGACGCGGUACCGGCGGAUUCGGUGUGCAGGUGCUAGAGGCAGGCAGGAAGAGGAGGUACAGAAUGGGGGCAGGAAGGAGAGGAAGGGAGGGUGGUGAGACAACAGCUGGACGGGCAGACGGGUUGGGCGUGUGCUGAUGUGCUUGCUGAUGUCGUUGACAUGUCUGUCGCUUGCUUUUUCGGAGCGUCAACCCCCACCAGUGAUA